UAAUGCUCCAAUACUUAAAUCCAUAAUUUCCUCCAUGCCCAAAAUUCGCUUCUCCAACCGAGGCCAUAUCGUCUUCUUUUUGGACUUCCUUCUUUCUCAUUUUUCUUCUUCUUCCGCCCGUCUUCUCUGUCAUACUAGUUCAACAAUACAGUAGUAUUUUCUUCUGUUGCAUCCAAAUUGAAGAAGAAACAGAAGAAGAAAGAAGAUGUGGACUGCUAUCUUGCUAUUAGUGCUUCUUUUCGUUGCUGGUUUGAUCAGUACAAACUUCAAUAGAAAGAAGUUUCUUGCAUGGUUUCAAUCUUAUUGUGCUAAAAUCAGAAACCCUUCUUCGCAUGCAGCAAACAGCUUUGACUUUUUGGAGACAAAGUCUGGCAAGAAAGUGGAUAAAAGAAGAAGUGCUGAUAACAAGAAGGUUCAGCUAGGAAGUAUUUUUGCUACUUUUGACAAGAACAAUGACGGAUACAUCACAAAGCAAGAGCUAAAAGAUUCACUUAACAAUAUUGGGAUGGGCAUGACUGAGAGUGAUAUUGCAGAUAUGGUUAGAAGGGUUGAUUCGAAUGGGGAUGGAUUGAUUGAUCUUGAAGAGUUCUGUGAGUCUUUUGAUUCGUUGAUCGGUAGAGGAGAAAUGAACGAGGAAGAACAGGAGAGAGACGUCACUGAUGAUGAGGAUGAGGAGGUGAGUAGGGAGGAUGAAUUGAAGGAGGCUUUUGCUGUUUUUGAUGGAAAUAAAGAUGGGUUGAUAACGGUGGAAGAACUGGGGCUGGUCUUGUCCUCCUUGGGGUUUAAAGAGGGGAAGAAGUUGGAAGAUUGUAUAGAGAUGAUUAGAAAAGUAGACGUGGAUGGAGAUGGCAUGGUUAAUUUUGACGAGUUCAAGAGGAUGAUGAAAGCUGGUCAUCGGCUUCUUCCAGCUUCCUGAAGAAUGAGUCUUUUUGCUUCUGUUCUUUCUCCUAAAUCCAUCAAGGUUAGGAAAGAAUUUUAACUUUGUUCAAUCACUCAACUGCAAUACCCCUCCUUUUCUUCUCAAGACUGUACAGGUAAUUGGACGUAUAUCAUCCUCCUUACGGUUAGGUUUUAGCACUAGCGCUUAGGCUUCUAGCAAUACCUACUGCCGAGUUUGCUGUUUGAAACAUAGGUGAAGAAUCAAGUUUAGCAAACACAUGGCAGUUGGAUGGAUCACCAUUGAAGUCUCUGCUUCUCCUGUCUAUCCAGAUUCGAAAGUUUUUCCUUUCUGCUGAAACACUGACUGUCUGUCCAAGUCAUGGUUUUAAUUCACAUCUGAUAUCUGUAAAUUCUUUGUUUCUUUGGCUGAUGUUGGCGGUUUACUACCAUUACAAAUAAGCUAAAA